AUGCUGGUCCCGUCUCAAAUUAUUCUCACAUACGUUCGCCCCAGUUUCUGGCUAUCUGGGUUGGAGAUUACUUGGGGAAUUCUCACGGGUCUUCUGGCCGUGACCCAUAAUGCGAAGCAAGUCUAUGCAAUUCGUACAUUCCUUGGACUUUGUGAGAGCAGUGCCUGGCCGGGAAUGAUGACUCUCUUAAUGCAUUGGUAUACUCCUCUUGAGCUUGCAAAACGAAUGGGCUUCUACCACUCCUGCCAAGCGGUCGGUAGCAUGAUGUCUGGCGCUCUCCAAGCAGCAAUCAGUAGCACCCUUGAGGGCCGAAGCGGCCUGCCCGGAUGGAGGUGGCUGUUCAUAAUCAACUCGGUCAUCACUGUUGUUUGGGGCUUUGCUGGAUUUUUCAUGCUCCCAGACUACCCAAACCGUCCGAAUCCUAGAGCUGUGUGGUUCACAAAAGACCACGCUGAAAUCGCUCUUCACCGACUCACCCGCCACGGGCGUGCCGAGCCAAAGCCCGUAACUUGGGCUGGAGCCAGACGCACCUUCUCCUCUUACCUCACCUACUGUGUGGCUGUGCUGUAUAUCUGCACAGUCAUAGGGAAUCAAGGUUGGACGUACUUUGGACUGUUCCUCAGAAGCCUGAAAAAUGAGGAUGGUACAAAGACCUGGACCGUUGCCAAGGUUAAUGCCAUACCGAUCGGUGGAAGCUCAAUCCAAGUUGUGUUUGUCUGGUUUUGGGCAUUCCUUUCCGACCACUUGCAGACUCGUUGGCCAUUGAUAGUGGUUCAAGCCACGAUUGGAUUGAUUCCCGCUAUCACGAUGAGUGUAUGGACUUCGCAUCCCGAUCAAGUCAGCCUCUCUGCAGCUUACGCCAGCUACUUCAUCAACUAUAUGGUUCUGGGCACGGCCCCAUUGAUAUUUUCAUGGCUUGCGGAUAUCAUUCCACAAGAUCCAGAGGGACGAGCACUCAUUGUGGGCGCCACUAUUGCCGCAGACUAUGCCAUUGCCGCUUGGUCAAACUUUCUCAUGUGGCCAGCGAAGCAAGCCCCCCACUACAAAUAUGGCUGGGAAGCAUCCGCAGCCCUCCUGGCAACUGCAAUUAUCAUGACGUGUGUCCUGCGCUUCUUUGACAUCCGCUAUUUCAGGAAGCAAAGAGAAGAUUAUGCUUUAACUCUGGAAGGUGAGCUUACUGUGAACGACCAACAGCUGCAGGAGCAGAAGAACGGCAUUGUGGAAGAUUCAAAAAGUGAUACUGAGUGUAACGAGGAGAAGAUGGUAGCUACAAAUGCAGUAGAAUUGGAGAUGACCCUGGCAAAGCCGUACAUUUGCCAUGGACUAUCUCAGGCCUACAGUCGUUCUGUGAUACCUCGGAACUACGUUAUUUUUCUCCCACAGCAUUUGAGCCGCAGAUUCAUUCGGAGUCGCGCUCUCCCUCAUCCAUCGCCUUCAACUCGCCGCUCAGUUAGAGGUGACGAAGAUAGCAAGGAUGGAAAGGACCGUCCGCAGCUUUCAGCGCAACAGCCAUUUGAGGCAGCAGAAGACAGAGGCACCGCCUCUACCCCAUCACCACCUGAUACUCGAUUCGAUCCAAACACGAAGGAAUGGGUAGACAUUUGGCCAAGUUCUGGGAGCAAGAAGUACUCUCCAACCCUUGCAAACAAGAUACUACCUUUGAUCGAAGCAACACGAGAUGAUCAUAGAAGUCCAAAAGCAGAGCAGCCUGACCAGCUCGAGGAAAUUCUUACGGAGCCUUCACAACCACGUGUGCGAAAUCAUCGCAAUCCUCCCAAUCGUCACGAUGUGUUUUCGCCGUCGUUCCGGAAAGCCCUUCUAGGUGAGGCAAUGGCGAAGACUGAAUCCUCCCCAUCGUGGUCUCGGCCGAGGAAGGUUAUACCCCGCCACAUGCGCUCUACAGAACUCCUCGAGCAGGAGCUGCAGCUCAUCGCCCAUGAUGUCCCACAUCCUGCCCCGAUACGCAACAUUUUGAGCAUACUGAUUGAAGAUCGCCUGGUGGAACCCUCUCCUCGUCAUUAUGAGGCGUUGAUCCUGGGGAACUGUCACCCGGAGAUGGGCUCGAUUGAGUCUGUCAGAUCUAUUCUGCAGGAGAUGUUGCGCGAGGGUAUACCUAUUAUUCCAGCUGUAGCAUUUGCUGUUGUCAAGGUACUAUCCGUCCAUCCAGACAGUCUUCUUCGAGCCUACAUCAUGCAGCUAAUGGAAUCCCAAUGGAUAACCAUUCCUCCUGAUGUCGCGCAGCUAGUGAUCGUGGCGAUGAUACGCGAGGAUCAACUUGAGCUCGCUCAAGCUGAGAUUGAUAAACUGCAUGACAACGGUGUCAUCCUUCCAGAUUGGGUGUGGACCAUCUUUAUCCAUGCGCUGUGCGACCGGCGCGAUUUCGAGGCCAUUCUUCAAUUAUUUGAUACGCUAUCUGACCAAGGUCGCACUGUCACCCGGCCGACUCUGCUACAUGUGCUCCAGGAUGCCAGUUCAGUCAUGGAACGUGAUACGACGAAACAUAUCUGGCGAUUCUAUGUUGAGUCCAUGCACAUCAUUCCAGAUGAGGCCAUUUGCAUGAAUGUUAUGGCUAUGGCUGCUCAUUACAAUGACCUGAUUUUGGCGGAGUCGGUGGCGAUUGUGUUGCAAAACGUGACGGCUUCUACUGUCUUUGGGCCGUUGAAACAAGCACCAGGCUCUGACGCCCUUGAUAGCCCAGCUGGUUCCAAGUUUGAAGACAGUGAUAUUUUGACCGACCAAACUCAGGGCGACGAGCUAGAUACAGUUGAGGACUUCCAAGGCACUAGGCGAUCUGGCUCUUAUGCACAGCGGAGUUCAGGAUCAGAUGCCUCCGGUACCAAUGUGGCUCGAUCUCCACAUUCGGAUCACGGUCGCAAGGCAUCUGCACGAAGCGAAGUACCCAUAGCCAACAAGCCUUUACAAGCAAGCCCUUUUACCAGACAGGGAGAACCAGCCAUUGUGGUCAAGAAUAUCUCGCUCCUACGCAAUCUUUCCGAGAAAGCUCAAGCUCUCCUAGAUUCGGUCCGCGCAGUUCACCGACAUUCCUCCAAAGAUCCCAAGCACUAUCGAUUAGGGAAUGUCUUCCCUCUGUUUCGUGAAGACAUGGGACUCAGAGGAGCGAGGUUUGAUCCCAGGUUAGCUCUUCAAAGGCGGCAAGAUUGGUGGCUUCGACCAGUUCCGAGCGAGAGGAAGAGAACCGUCAGUGCCAGCAGGAGAUCAAAGAGCAGGGGAUCAAAGCCACGCGCAGGUUGA